CAUCAUAGCCCUGUUAUACACCCCCAUACUCAUCAGGUUUCUGGGCACCAAAUGGAUGAUGUUUCUGGCAAGUGGAAUUUACGCUCUCUUCGUCUCAACCAAUUACUGGGAGCGAUACUACACCCUGGUACCAUCGGCUGUGGCCAUUGGUGCAGCCAUUGUCCCGCUGUGGGCGUCGUUAGGGAACUACAUCACAAGGAUGGCACAACAGUACUAUGAGUAUGUGAACUAUAAGGAGGAUCACGUUCAGGAACAGAAGAAACUACCCAAGGGGGCGUGUCAUCGCUAUGUCAUCAUCUUCCAAUCCGUGUUCUUCAUCAUCUUCCAUCUCAGCCUGGUGUUUGCAGAGUUCCCCCAGCGCCUCUUCCUCCACCAGUUCCUUAGUGACUACAACCACACACUGUACAACGUUAAACACUGUGGUGCGGAGGGCAGCGGUAUGAUCGAGGGUUUCAACAGGACCGUCCUGAAGCACCUCCCUCGCUCCCUGCUGCUCAUCCAGGUGGAGAGUGUUCUCAUGGGGGCCGCCUUCCUCUCCAUGAUCAUCUUCCUGGCGGUGUGCGGGGCUGCGUACCGGCCUACAGAGGAGAUCGAUCUGAGGAGUAUCGGCUGGGGGAACAUCUUCCAGUUGCCCUUCAAACACCUGAGAGACUACAGGCUGAGACUCCUCAUCCCUUUCUUCAUCUACAGUGGACUGGACUCACUCUUCUCUGUCACGGGACUCACUCUGUCGUAUGGUGUGUGUACGGUGGGUCUGGAGUGGCUGUAUCUCCUGGUGAUGGUCUAUGGUCUGUCCUGCUCCCUGUUCUCCUGCCUGUCCCUGUCCCUCCUCAGGCUGCCACGCUACGUCUCUCUGCUAGGGGGCGCUGUGAUCCACGGUCCUCUGCUGGUGUUUCUGCUGUUCUGGUCCCCGGCUCCACGCUCACCUGAUCAACUGCCUUACCUGCUGGUGGUGAUUGCCCUCUGGGGAAUGGGGUCUGCAUUGAAUAAGACUGGACUCAGCAUUCUCCUGGGUAUGUUGUAUGAAGAUAAAGAGAGACUGGACUUUGUCUACACCAUCUACCACUGGUGGCAGGCUAUCGCCAUCUUCAUAGUCUACCUGUGGACUGGACUCAUCAUGAGGGCCAAACUCUCCAUUCUAUUGGUCAUCUUGCUGCUGGCGUGCUUCUGCUAUUGGACGAUGGAGCGACGCCUGGCCAAGAACAUGCAUUUCAGACUGCCUCGCAUUCCCCGCCCCAAACACAAGGUCAAAGGUUAUCGUUACCUGGAGGAGGAAAACUCAGAUGAGUCGAACUCGGAGGAGAGUGAUGAGGAUGAUGAUGAAGAGCAGCAGGAGGAGGUGAUCAGGGAGGACUUUGACGGAGACGCAGUGUCGCAGGGCUCUGAUUCGACCAGGGAAAGGAGAGGAGGGGCUAGGGGUCGGCGCAGGAGGCGGGACGAUGAUUAUGAGCAAGCGGGGGAAAAGGAGGAGAGAGAGGGAUAGAGAAAGAGUGAAAGAGCGAAAAAUAGUGAGAGAGACAGAGAGAGAGCGAGUCCUUUAGCUAUCCUCUAGGUAUCCUCUAAGUGUCCUCUAGCUAUCCUCUAAGUAUCCUCUAGGUGUCCUCUAGCUAUCCUCUAGGUGUCCUCUAGCUAUCCUCUUGGUGUCCUCUAGCUAUCCUCUAGGUAUCCUCUAGGUGUCCUCUAGCUAUCCUCUAGGUGUCCUCUAGCUAUCCUCUAGGUAUCCUUCGGGUGUCCUCUAGCUGUCCUCUAGCUGUCAUGUAGCUGUCCUCUAGCUAUUCUCGAGCUGUCCUCAAGCUGUCCUCUAGGUAUCUUCUAGCUAUCCUCUAGGUAUCCACUAGCUGUCCUCUAGCUAUCCUCUAGCUGUCCUCUAGCUGUCCUCCAGGUAUCCUCUAGGUAUCCUCUAGCUGUCCUUUAGCUAUCCUCUAGCUGUCCUCUAGCUGUCCUCUAGCUAUCCUCUAGCUGUCCUCUAGCUGUCCUCUAGGUAUCAUCUAGCUGUCCUCUAGCUGUUCUCUAGGUAUCCUGUAGCUGUCCUCUAGGUGUCCUCUAGCUGUCCUCUAGGUGUCCUCUAGCUGUCCUCUAGGUGUCCUCUAGCUGUCCUCUAGGUGUCCCCUAGCUGUCCUCUAGCUGUCCUCUAGGUAUCCUCUAGCUGUCCUCUAGGUAUCCUCUAGCUGUCCUCUAGCUGUCCUCUAGGUAUCCUCUAGCUGUCCUCUAGGUAUCCUCUAGCUGUCCUUUAGGUAUCCUCUAGCUGUCCUCUAGGUAUCCUCUAGCUGUCCUCUAGCUGUCCUCUAGCUGUCCUCUUGGUACUUUCCCCAGUCCAGCUCUCUUACAUCAGUGCAGAUUAAGGAAAGGAGUUGAAUCAGAAGAAGAGACAAAAUGUGUGUGUCUCAAAUGUAACCCUUUUCACUUCAUAGUGCCCUACUUUUGACCCCGAACUUUAACCCUGGUCAAAAGUUGUGCACUAUGAAUAAAGGUCCCAUUUGGAACGUAGACAAUACUGUAUGUCUAGGCUGUUGACAUGCACCUAGAGGGGGAUUGACAUAUAUAGAUAAUAAACCCAGUCAUAAUUGAAGAGGUUCAUCCACAGGAGGAUAAAACAGAGUGGUACAGGAGGAUAAAACAGAGUGGUACAGGAGGAUAAAACAGAGUGGUACAGGAGGAUAAAACAGAGUGGUACAGGAGGAUAAAACAGAGUGGUACAGGAGGAUAAAACAGAGUGGUACAGGAGGAUAAAACAGAGUGGUACAGGAGGAUAAAACAGAGUGUUACAGGAGGAUAAAACAGAGUGGUACAGGAGGAUAAACAGAGUGGUACAGGAGGAUAAAACAGAGUGGUACAGGAGGAUAAAACAGAGUGGUACAGGAGGAUAAACAGAGUGGUACAGGAGGAUAAAACAGAGCGGUACAGGAGGAUAAAACAGAGUGGUACAGGAGGAUAAAACAGAGUGGUACAGGAGGAUAAAACAGAGUGGUACAGGAGGAUAAAACAGAGUGGUACAGGAGGAUAAAACAGAGUGGUACAGGAGGAUAAAACAGAGUGGUACAGGAGGAUAAAACAGAGUGGUACAGGAGGAAAGAGAAGAACGGGGGAUUUUACACAGAAGGAAAGAGGAUAGAGAGAGGACAGGAAUUCAGUUUCGAAUGUUUCUUAUAACACAACUGAAAAAGGAAGAAGUUAUUUACUCCACUUCAACUAUAAAUGGCCCAAAUGGCACGCUAUUCACUAUAUAGUGCACUCAUUUUGAACAGGGCCCAUUAGGGCUCUGGCCAAAAGUAGUGUACUAUAUAGGGAAUGGGGUGCCAUUUCGGACUCACCCAUACUGUAUAGACACCUGAAACAUAUGUGAAGUUGGGUACAUCACAGGCACUUUUGACAGGGCACAUACAGGGCUCUGGUCAAAAGUAGUGCACUAUAGAGGGAAUAAAGUGCCAUCUGGGACACAGCCUUUGUAUUUCAACAGUACCACGGUAUUGUUAGUCAGCUGUGUUGUCAUGGUUCCUAGCUCAGGUGUUUUGAGUGGCCUACAUUUUAUGUUGUUUUUUUUGUAGGGAAUUUAUUCAAUCAAUGAUUUUGAAAAAGUUGAAUUAUAGUCAUGAAUUAUAAUGAGAAUAAAUUGAUUGUAAUUGUUUUUUAUUACUGUUUUGAAGUUGUUUUCUGAGUAUAAAGCUGGUUUUGUGCCUCUU